GAAUUUUGUGAAGUUCUAAAACGUCAACAGCUUGGAUCAUAAUCGGAAGGAUCUUCUUAAAUAUAACUCCAUCGGUCGUUGAAAAGAUAUUUAUAUACCUAUUUUGCUGAGUAAAUAUCAAGUUGUUUCAGAAAGAUCACCUGCAGUACAUCUCAUCGACAUUCUUGAUCACAAUAUACCAGCUUACACUUCUCAGCCUUGUGCAGAAAACGUCAGAAGUAUAUUAAGAAAUGCUGAUUCUUCUCUAUGCUUUGGUAUUCUUCACUAUUUUCUUCAGAACAGCAGCUGGAGAUUCUCCAUUAUUAGAGUUUGGUUCAUGUUCAACGAAGUGCCAAAUUAGCUUGUCAGACACUUCUGCUUCUGGAAUAUUUCCACCACAUCAAUGUUCUUGUUCGCAGAGCUGCGCAAUUUAUGGAGAUUGUUGUUACGAUUCCCCGUAUCGAACUGAAGUUAAGAAGCCAAGAAAGAUAAGCUGUCUUCAAGUGCACGGUAGCGGCAGUUUUCAAGCAGUAUCAACUUGUCCCUCAGAAAUGAAUGAAAUGGAGUUUGGCUGUACUUCUGGUAUUGGUCACUUACCUCCUGUAACCAGUAAGUCUUCUGGUCUGACAUACGCAAAUAUCUUCUGUGCUUUUUGCAACGAAGAUUAUAAUUUGCAUUAUUGGAAUGUCGAACAAAGAUGUAAAGAGGAAAACGAAUCAAGGUCCAUUGAUCAGCACCAGAAUCCCGGUAGUAUGGUUACCUCUCAGACGCAGCAGCAUUGCGAGUAUUACGCUCAUAACGAUGAUUUCACCUUUCUCGACAAUUUGGAACUCAGAUCUUGCAGUUCGACUGACGAAAUCUUUCGGUGCUCUCCAUCUUGGAGAAAUUAUUCUGUAUCGCAGCUCUGCCACUCUUAUUCAGACCCUGUUUAUAUAAAUAAUAAGCUGUACAAGAACCUGCAUUGCGCCGAAUGCAAUUACGAAAUUUUGACAUCGGCCAAAUGUCAACCAGCGAUUGUCGAAACUUUGUUAGCUGCAGGGAUGAAUGCUACAGAAAUUUAUCAGUUGUGUAAAGAAGGGAAUUUCAUUGAUUGCUUAAAUUAUAUACAUGACUCCGGUCGUGGUAAACCACUACCUUUUCGUUAUCUAUUCAAAAUAAAUGAAAAAAUGUGUAUACCGAAACCUGGUAAACUCUGUUGUGAAGGAGAAAGAUUCGAUCCGCGUUCUGAAACCUGUCGUAAAGUGAUUCAUUCUUUUCGAAGGGGUUAAGAUAAUCCCUUGAUAAUACGAUAAAUAACAACAGAAGACAUUAUUAGCAAGCUUUACUUGUUUUCUCUUGUCUAGCUUUAAAUAAACAAUGAUUCACAAUUUAAGAACGAACUGACUAGCUAAGAAUUAAUUAAGAUACAAUAACACGCCGACCAAAUAUCAAUUCAGAAGUAAAACAACAAAAAUCAGCGUUGAUUAGCUUCUGAAUUGAUAUAGCUAAGAAUUUCUCAAAAUACCCUAAAAUAUUAUUUUCAUUGAAGAAGUAUUUAAACUAAAAUAAUCAUUGCUUCCAAAAUAGUAUUUUUAAGAAUUUUUAUUAAUACAAUUCCCAUUGAGAAUUGUUCACCAGACAUCGAAUACAUUAAACAAAAGGUUAAAAAAGCUGAACACUGCUAUUUAUAUCCGGUAUGAAAUCCUAGCAAACGAGCUGGUUGCAAGAGCGUGUCCGUGACUUUCCCAUGUGUAAAGUGAAUAAGAGCCAGUCUCGCUUACAAAAUCUACCCCCAAAGCGUUGUUUCACCUAAACACAUUUUCUUCCAGUACUUUGCCAUAAUCUUCAUAAAUAAUUCAGGGAAAAUCUCAAAUUGGGCAGUAAACGUAAGCAAUAUACUUUGUAAAUAGUAAAGUUUAUUAGUUAAGUAUUCCUCAUCAAAAUUAUAGCUAAAUUUCCACAUUAAUUACAUUCACUAAGGUAAUUAUUAUAUUAUCUAUAAAAUUUACAUUCCAUCGAGUUAUAAUUUUUAAACUAUUGAAAUUUAGGGAAAUGCCACGUCAAAAAUUUCAAGCAAAAUGUUAGAAUGCGAAUGGAAAUAAGUUUGAAAAGAGCUGUAUCUCGCCUACAACAGCUGUCAGUUAUUUAUUUAUAGUCGUAUUACAUUGAGCCCCCAAUAGUGAGCGUCAGAGAUGACUAUGAGGAAGAGGAUUAACGAUGAUUUGAGAGCUGUUCUGGAAGUAAUGCCUCACUCCUUAUCUGUUCUUGUAAUCCUUGACUACCAACUAUGAGGCGGUUCAGAGAUGAUUUAUUUUUUAAAAAAUUUAGAAGUAAUUAUGUUAAAAUUCUAUUUAUUGUGAAAUGAUGAAUUUACAUUUGAAAUGCAUUAUUUAGUAAAAUUCCACAAUGAACCCAGAGAUAGCCACAAUGAAGAGAGAAAAAUAACAGGCAAUCUUAUUAUCUCAGAGCCAGAGAUAAUAAGAUUGCCUAUUAUUUUUCACAUACGUAAAUGAUACUAUUCUAUUUUGCAAGCAAUACCUACAGAACAGAAUAAAAUUAAAGUGCUUGUUCUUUCCCUAUGUAAAUUUAUUCAUAUAAUUAAAAGCGUUAAAAGAACCUAUGACAGUAAAGUCAAGUUAUCAAUUUCACUUUGUUUGAAUAAGAGAAAUCAUGUGAGGUUACUUACAUGAUAAGUAACUUAUCAUGUAUGUAAGGCUUAGAGUAAGGGAAGUUUCUGUACAAACUAUUUCUAAGAAACACUGGCCCUUUUACGUUACAUGUUUGGAAAAUCAUAAAACCAUCCAUGCACUCUGGUAGUUUCUUGAGAGUCGAAUUCAGGUCUAACUAACAGUAAAUUCAAUUUGCAAUUAUCUAAACUCAUAUUGAGAACAAAGAUAAAAUCAGUGUGAAAUAUUGGAAUUUUCGUUGUUGUGCUUUAGUUAUGUUAUGUUCGAGUAUAUACCAUAUAUUAAUCAUUUUAAUCAGCUAAUUAUGUUUUUAGAUUUUUAGAUUUUAGAUAUUAUACUCUUUUCGAAUAAAAUGUUUAUUCAUUAAAAUUUGUUGCAUUAUU